AAAAAGCAUGUAAUCUCUGUCUAUAUAUGGCGGUGUGACUCGUCUUCCACUAAUAAUAUCUCUCGGCUGCUGCAAAUAGGGUUCGGUCUUCUUCUUUCUUCUAGCUCUCGAUUUCCGACCAGGCCUUCCUCCCUAGAUCGCAGCCAUGUCAUCCAAGCAAGGUGGAAAGGCAAAGCCUUUGAAGCAACCCAAGGCUGAUAAGAAGGAGUACGAUGAGGAUGAUUUGGCUAAGCUUCAGAAGAAGAAGGAUGAGGAAAAGGCACUGAAGGAGCUUAGAGCCAAGGCAUCACAGAAGGGUUCUUUUGGAGGUGCUGGCCUCAAGAAGAGUGGAAAGAAAUGAGAGGGGUUUUCGGUACCCAAAGUUGGGAUGUGAUAUAAUAUUAUCUGUGUUGAAGUCUUUCAAUUUAUGGGAUGGUCUAAUUUCUAGCUGAAUGUGCUCCUAACGCUCAUAUGAGUGUCAGUGUAACAUUAAGACUAAAUAAACUGAAGUGUCCUUCUUAAUUAUCUUGUUAUGUAUGGAGCAAGUUCCCCCUAUGAGCAAAUGAGAAUGAUAAAUGUGCUACUUC